UGUCAACCACCCAUUCUUUUCGUUUAUCGCAUUUUUUCGCUGUCGCUCCACCCGAACAAAAUCACAAAAUUUAGUUGGGAAAAUGUUUAAAAAACUCACGAUAUUCCUCAUCUUGCUAACAACUGGAGCAUUUGCUGUACUCGAAAAUGAAGCAGAAACCCUUGUGCUCUUAGAUAACCUCGCCAUUCGAGAAACCCACUCGAUUUUCUUUAAAACUUUGCAGGAACGUGGUUUUAAGCUGACUUUCAAGUUAGCCGAUGAUGCAGGUCUGGUUGUUUCCAAAUAUGGUGAAUAUCUUUACAAGAAUUUGAUAAUCUUUGCGCCAUCUGUGGAAGAGUUCGGUGGAGAUCUGAGCGUUGAGAAACUAACUCAGUUCGUCGACGAUGGAGGUAACGUUUUGGUUGCAGGCUCUGACAGCUCUGGUGAUGCUUUGAGAGAGUUCGCUUCCGAGUGCGGAUUUGAAGUUGACGAGGAAGGCGCUUCGGUGAUCGAUCAUCUGAACUACGAUAUCUCGGACUCUGGAGAUCACACAACUAUCCUUGCCGACAGCAAGAACUUGAUCAACUCGCCAGUGAUUGUGGGCAGCAAGGAUGUCAAUCCUCUGCUCUAUAAGGGUACUGGUCUUUUGGCCGAUAAAGAGAAUCCUCUGGUGCUGCAGCUCCUGACUGCCGAGAGCUCGGCUUACAGCUAUGUUCCCGAGAACCCAAUCAAAGAGUAUCCCCAUGCCGUUGGCAAAGGAACUCUCCUCAUCGCCGCUCUACAAGCUCGAAACAACGCCCGUGUCGUCUUUUCUGGAUCUCUGUUCUUCUUCUCCGAUGAAGCCUUCACUUCAGGUGUCCAAAAUGCCCAAUCAACUAAGAUGUUCAAGAAUUCUGGAAACCAGCAAGUAGCCACAGCCAUAAGCAAGUGGGUGUUCGGGGAAACUGGUCGUCUGCGCGUUGCCUCCGUCUCUCAUCACAAGGAAGGUGAAACAAAGCCACCACAUGCAUACACCAUCACCGAUCCCGUCGUCUACACUAUCGCCAUUGAGCAGUUGGCCGAAGGCUCCUGGAAACCGUUCCCAGCCAACGACGUUCAAUUGGAAUUCGUGCGCAUCGAUCCGUUUGUCCGCACCACUCUGAAAGUCAAAAAGAGCGGAGUCUAUGAGGCUAAAUUCAAGAUUCCCGAUGUCUAUGGUGUCUAUCAAUUUAAGGUUGACUAUGAUCGUGUCGGCUACACUCAUUUGUACAGUACAACUCAAGUGUCAGUGAGACCUCUCGAACACACUCAGUAUGAACGAUUCAUUCCCAGUGCGUUCCCAUACUAUACUGGAGCCUUCUCCAUGAUGUUGGGAGUGUUUAUCUUUUCAUUUGUUUUCCUUCACUUUAAGGAAGAUACUGUAGUAACUAAGGGCAAAGGAGACGAUAAGAAGAGUCAAUAGAUUCAACUACAACAAAAAAUAUUGUUUGUAUUAAUUUAGAAUUUUUUGAUAAAAGUAAAUUCAAUAAAAGAUAAUUUUGUGAAUUAUUAAAUAAAAAAAAUUAAAACAAAUCAUUUUAAUUUUUAAAUAAGA